AUGCAGGGAAACGUUGAAGGUUGUCCAAGAGAACCAUGGCAUGAUUUGCACUGUAAAAUUGAUGGCCCGGCAGCUUAUGAUGUUCUUACAAAUUUUGAGGAGCGCUGGUUAAAGGCUUCAAAACCUCAUGGAAUUAAAAAACUGAAGAUGCCGUAUGAUGAUGCUUUGCUCAGAAUAGAGAGGCUGCCUGAGAUAUUGGGGAUAUCCGACACUCCUUGCCUCGGUGAGAAUGAUCCUCAGAGUUGGCAUGUUCAGAUCUUUCGUUCAAUUGAUUCAAAUUCCGUAAAAGGCUUUCCAAAAGAUCCAAAAGGAGGUACUCGAAAGAACCUGGUAUGUGGGAAGAAUGUGCUUAUUGAUAUGAGCAUACAUUCGGCAUAUGUAAAGGCCAUUCGUUCUGCCCAGCAUUUCAUUUAUAUUGAGAAUCAGUACUUCAUCGGGUCAUCAUUCAACUGGAAUUUACAUAAGGACUUAGGUGCAAACAAUUUGAUUCCUAUGGAAAUUGCACUUAAAAUUGCUAAUAAAAUCAGAGCACAUGAGAGGUUCUCAGUGUAUAUUGUUAUCCCAAUGUGGCCUGAGGGUAAUCCAACUGGUGCUGCUACACAAAGGAUUUUAUUUUGGCAGCACAAAACUAUGCAAAUGAUGUAUGAAACAAUUUACAAGGCUUUAGUGGAGGUUGGGCUUGAGGAUGCAUUCUCACCACAAGAUUACUUGAACUUCUUCUGUCUUGGCAACCGCGAGGCUAUCAGCAUGAGUGACACUCCAAGAAAUGAAAAUCCUCCUAUGGCUAACACUCCUCAGGCUCUCUGUCGGAAAAACCGCAGAUUCAUGAUCUACGUCCAUUCGAAAGGCAUGAUUGUGGAUGAUGAGUAUGUGAUUUUGGGCUCCGCAAACAUCAAUCAGCGCUCCAUGGAGGGCUCUAGAGACACGGAGAUUGCAAUGGGAGCCUACCAACCUCAUCAUACGUGGGCAAGACAACUAUCAAGUCCACAUGGGCAGAUCUAUGGAUAUAGAAUGUCUCUGUGGGCAGAACAUGUUGGAGUGAUCGAGGACUGCUUUACACGACCUGAGUCUCUAGAAUGCGUUCGACGAAUAAGAUCGAUGGGUGAGAUGAACUGGAAGCAAUUUGCAGCUGAAGAAGUAACAGAAAUGAGGGGACACCUGAUGAAGUACCCAGUUGAAGUUGAUAGGAUAGGUAAAGUAAGAUCCCUUCCUGGAUGUGAAACUUUCCCGGAUGUUGGAGGAAACAUAGUUGGAUCCUUUCUUGCCAUUCAGGAGAAUCUAACAAUCUGAAAUCCUCAAUUGGGAUGUCGCACAAAGCUUCCGAGUUGAAGAAUGUAGUAUUAAAUUAGGAGUUGGUAAGUGCAGUUUUUAGUUAAGGUUUUGAUAUUAGAUACUAAUUUGCUGUACAGCCCCAGCCUCUGGGCACCAACUGUAUAACAAGUAAUAGGUCCUGCCCUGCUCCCCGCUUUGAGUAAGAUCAGUGCCAUUCCUUUGGAAUGGCGGGAGGGUUGACAACAAGGAAUGUUCACUCUGUUUGAUGAGCUGCCUCUCCAAUUAC